GUGGGCAUGCGAGCUGUCUGAUGAAACAUGCAUGCAGAAGACAACACAGUCGUGUUCAGGCAUUGCAAAGGACGGGAUUUCAGAAAAGUGUUCCUAAAAUCGCUCACUUAUUUAUCCUUGCCGGAGUUAUGAUUGAUACCGGUCUUCAUUAUGGGGCGGAAACUGUUGACCCUUCUGCUGUUGUUUUCCUCGGCUUCCAAUGCUAUUGCUCUCAAGUGCCAUGUCUGCCAAGCAAAUGGCGUCUGUGAUGGCGACGAGAUUGGCGAUCUUCAGGUCUGCCCGAGUAUCACUGGCUACGUGGCCGAUCAGUGCGUCAAAUUCGACGGGGGGAUUUCUGGAUCCAUUGCAGGAACCGAGAUCACUUUUAAUGGAGUCAUUCGCAGUUGCAACCUCAUCCCACAAAACCUUGACGCCCCGCCCCUCAAGUGUGUCUCCGGCUCCAACGCUACUACAUAUUUCCGCAAUGUAGUCGGCGAUCUGGUGCCUGAUGCGACCUCUAUCGGUGAUGUCCUAGAUAUCACGAUCACGGGCGACCUCUGCUACUGCGCAGACGACGGCUGCAACGGCGCAAACUCCCUCAAGCCGUUCCUCUGGCUGAUCAUCACCGUUGGCUUGAUGUACUUGCUGCUGAUGUAAUUUAGUGCCAAAAUUCAGAGGUGCCCAGCUACCAGCGAAACCUUGAACGCUGAUACUGGCUCUUUUCAUAGCCCCCUCUUGAGACAAUUUUAAGAGUUAUACUGCGUCUUGAUGAAUAUCAACUUUGGACGAGCAUGAAGCGGCCACCAAUCGGCUUGUGUUCAUUGGUGCUGCGCGUCAGUUCAGGUUUUGGUCAUUAAAAUCGGAUUUCCUCCCCGUGGAAUAUUCAGACGCUUAGCAUUAGGAGACUUCUGAGAAGCUUGGUGGAGGCAAGCACACUGGUCCUUCGAUUGCUUACGUCUGUUUAAUGUAAUGUGCGCAUGUUCAAAACGUGCGCAUGACUUUUCAGGACUCACAUACUGCCUUUUUACUCAGACCAAGAAUCAAUAUUUUCUGUUGAGACAUACCCUCACAUGGAUAAGUGAAGAUAAAGAAUUUGAAAUAAUAUGUUGGAUGAAUGUACUCUCGACAUUGUAUUCUACCGGAAGCAAGAAGAUAUAGGGUUGACACAGUGACAAAUGAUACAUCGCGUAGUUGACUGUUUUAAUAAGAACAUUCUAGUUGGAUUCUCUAAAAGGGAAUCAUGCAUUAAUCAUUAACAGCUGUGGUGAUUGAGUGUUGUUAUACAUUGAAAUUGAUAACUUUGUUUUGUCGAUUGAGGACGCUAUUCAGGAACUCCGCAAAUGACCCAUUUGAAUGCCCAGUAAUUUCAAAGCUGGGUUGUGAUAAGAGAUUCCUUAAUAAUCCAGAAUUAGUAAAUUUCGAAUUAAUGAGAAACGUUUGUAUUUCUAAAUUUACGGGUUACUAUUUACUUUCUUCGAUCAGAUAUUCAUAUUCCGACAACCCCUGGUUUAAAACCCACAACAAAGUUUAUAAUUAGUUUUAUUUUGUGCAUUGAUGCAUUAAGGUUACGUUCCCUGAGCAAUUCAAUUGUUUUACAAUAAUAUAUUGUUUUACUUGUAUUUUGCAUCUAUCUAAAAACCUCUGAAAAAAAAUAGGUUUAUUUUUUUUUUCGGCAUGAACAGGAAAGGCUUUCCGAGCAGACUGGCUCACGGUCCGUACAUUACCGAAAGUGAGUGUUGGGCGGGAACCAGCAUACGCCGCCAGAAUGGAAUUAUUCUCUGGCAGUCAAUAAUUAGAAAUUGUAGAGUAAUACAUGUAAUUUAAUAACUAAACAUUGGCCAAUUGUUUUUAAGGUCGAUGUUUAAUUUAAAAGGAAAUUACUUUUAUUUAAUUGCAAUUACGAACAAGACUUGAAACGCAAUAGCACGUGAAACGCAAAUUUAAGCAAAGUACACCACAUUACGCGCGCACAUGACGCAGCAAUUUACCCCAACCCUGACCCCAUCCCAGCCAAACCUUCAAAUUAUGUUUAAAAUCUCCUUAUUUUCUGCAAAAAAAACUGAGUUAUAGUUUUCGAGAAUUAUCAUUUGAAAGUUUACCCCAAUGCAAUCUAAAUACAGGAAACACCAUCAUCAUAUUACAUGGGGUAAAAUACCAAUAUCUCUUCAAUAUUUAAACAGAAAGAUAUAAUAUGAGGGAGGUACACUAAAAAUACUGUAAAAUGAAAGUUUCUUCAUGAUUUUCAAUGAUGCAUAUUUUUAUUUCGUAAGGACAGCACCGUGUCAUGGUUUCUUUUCAGGAACUGACUCUACUAUUUUGGGAUGUUAUACGACUCUCAUCAAUAUUCCAUUAUUUAUCAAAACAUUUAAAAUAAUACUAGCUCCUUGAUUCCUUGUUAGCUUACUUGCACUUCACGAAAGUUUCUUUCGCAUCAUUCCAAGAAGUUCACCAGUAAGGAUUCUGACUGUAUAAUCCGUUUUUGUAGGUUUCACGAUAUCAAGGUCACCUUUUCAUCAAGCAUGCGAACAUUAUGCAUGGGCUCAAAGAGAGAAUCUUUGCAAAUAUUUCAAACCAUGUUUUAUUAGCAAGUAAUAACAACUGUAAAAUAUAGAGGUACAGCAAAAAAAGUUAUUAUUAAUGAUGUUAUUGCUAGGCGUGCGACACACAUUUUU